UGCCGAGCGCGGCGUAGUUUUCGACGCGACAGUCGGCCCGUCGCUCGACUCUGUCGCGUCGUCGCGGCCGCGAAGGAGGAAAAAAGCAAAAACCACUUCUCUCGGAGCGCGGAGAGUCCAAUUGCACCCAACAAGCAUACGAUAUAACAUUGCACACGCACGUUUGCACAAACAGCUCAUAGACAUAGGCGUCCCAGAUAUAUCCCGUGGAAUACAUGUGUUGUUGUUGUUGUUGUUGUUGUUGUUGUGUUUCGGUGGUACUGGCUCGCGGAAGCAGUAAUUGGAGCUCGUAGCGUUUCCGGGGUCGGCCUCGCUCGCAUGCCAUCCUCGCAGCUACUGGGGUCAAGCGGGCACCCCGGCGUCGUCGGUCCGGGGGCAACACCGGCAGCGCCAGCCACGGCGCCCGCAACGCUAUCGGGAUUGCCGUCCUCCUCGUCCCCUGGUACACCUGCCAGUGUUGCCCCGGCGGCCGUGGGCGAGCCCGCCAAGGGAGCCUGGAUGGACGGGGGCGGGGGUGGCGACUGCCGGCUGAUAAGCGACGCUUGCGUGUCGAUGCGCGUCUGCCUGGACUCCCUGUGCUUCUCGUCGCCGCCCCAGCGGCUCGCCGACGACGAGGACGAGCCCACCGCGGCCGCACCUCGACCGGCCAUGCAGCAGCAACAGCCGGCUUGUACCCGCCACCAACAACAGCCCCCAAUGACAGCGACAAGCACCGCAACAACACCAGUGGCCGCACCGGAAACAACGACAACAACCACGGAAUCGCAUAGGGACGAUAGCGCGGGGGAGUUUGGGAUGGCCGGUUUGCGCGAGUUGUUGCGGCAGAGGGACGCCCGGGUGGCGGAGCUCGAGCGGCAGCUGGUCCAGCGGGAGGCCGAGAUUCAGGAUUUGCGGAGCCACCUGGACAAGUUUCAGAGCGUCCUGCCGUUCAAGGGGCCGCCCCUCACGAGUUCGCCGACCAGGCCGCGAAAGCAGCGGGCCCAGGGUAUAUCGGACGAGCCGAUGAGCACCGACAAGCUCCUCGACAUCAUCACCGCCCAUCUCGAGCCCUGCGAGAAGAGCAACAGGUCACGCGAGCUCAUCAAAGCUGCCAUACUAGACAAUGACUUCAUGAAAAAUUUGGAACUCGCGCAAAUACAAGAAAUUGUCGACUGCAUGUACCCCGUAACUUUCAAUGCAGGCACGACGAUUAUUCACGAAGGAGAGAUCGGUGCAACGGUUUUUGUUAUGGAGGAGGGCAAAGUGGAGGUGUCGAGAGAUGGAAAGUACCUCAGCACGCUGUCGGCGGGCAAGGUGUUGGGCGAGCUCGCCAUUCUGUACAACUGCAAGCGCACGGCCACGAUAACCGCUGCCACCCACUGUCGCAUGUGGGCGAUAGAUCGGCCAUGCUUCCAGACCAUCAUGAUGAGGACGGCGAUGACCAAGCAAACCGAGUACACAGAUUUCCUCAAGAGCGUUCCCAUCUUCAAAAAUGUACCGGACGAGACGCUCAUCAAACUCUCGGACGUCCUGGAAGAGUGCUACUACAAAAACGGCGAGUACAUCAUCAGACAGGGCGCCCGUGGCGACACGUUUUUCAUAAUAAGCAAGGGCCAGGUCAAGGUGACCCUCAAAGAGCCAGAUUCCGUCGAGGAGCAGUACAUAAGGACCCUCACGAGGGGCGACUUUUUUGGCGAAAAAGCACUGCAAGGUGACGAUCUGAGGACGGCGAACAUCAUAGCCGACGAUCCCGAUGGCGUGGGCUGCCUGGUCAUCGACCGCGAGACCUUCAAUCAGCUGAUAUCCUCGCUGGACGAGGUCAGGACGCGCUACAAGGACGAGCAGAUCAUACGAAAGAUUACGAAGAACCGGCGGAGCGAGGAGUUCCGGGAACUAACGUUGCAGAACCUGCGCUCCAUCGCGACCCUCGGGGUUGGGGGUUUCGGCCGAGUCGAGCUGGUCCAGAUAAACGGCGAGAACACGCGCUCGUUCGCACUGAAGCAGAUGAAGAAGUCCCAGAUUGUCGAGACCCGCCAGCAGCAGCACAUCAUGUCGGAAAAGCGGAUAAUGGGCGAGGCAGACUGCGACUUCAUCGUCAAGCUGUACAAGACCUUCAAGGACCGGAAGUACCUCUACAUGCUGAUGGAGGCCUGCUUGGGCGGCGAAUUGUGGACCGUGCUAAGGGAUAGGGGACACUUUGACGACGCGACCACGAGGUUCUACACCGCUUGUGUCGUCGAGGCUUUCGACUAUCUGCACUCGCGCAACAUCAUCUACAGGGAUCUCAAGCCGGAAAAUCUGCUGUUGGACAGUCAAGGUUACGUGAAGCUGGUGGACUUUGGCUUCGCGAAGCGGCUCGAGCAAGGCCGGAAAACUUGGACGUUCUGCGGUACCCCGGAGUACGUAGCCCCCGAAGUGAUACUGAACCGUGGACACGACAUAAGCGCCGACUACUGGUCGCUCGGUGUACUAAUGUUCGAGCUGCUCACCGGCACGCCGCCCUUCACCGGCUCCGACCCCAUGAAGACCUACAACAUCAUUCUCAAGGGCAUCGACGCCAUUGAGUUCCCGCGGAUGAUCACGCGCAACGCUACAGUUCUCAUAAAGAAACUCUGCAGGGACAACCCAGCAGAACGACUUGGUUACCAAAAGGGAGGCAUCAGCGAGAUUCAGAAGCACAAGUGGUUCGAUGGAUUCAAUUGGGAAGGUCUCCGCGGAAAGACGCUAGAGCCUCCGAUAAUGCCAAGAGUCGUGAGUCCCACGGACACAGCCAACUUCGACAAGUAUCCGCCCGACUCCGAUCCAUCGCCACCAGACGACACAAGCGGCUGGGACAAUGACUUCUAAUAUAACAACAGCAGCCACUUUCCAACGCCAAGCCUUGCGGAAUGGCUCUCUAAAGAAUUAGUCGCGGUUUUUUUUUUUUUUUUUUUUUUUUCCGGGUAUUCGUCUCUAGCGCGCAUCCGCGGGACGGAAAGAAUAAUAUUUUUUAUAUCACUGUGACGAGUGUCGACCUCUGGUGUAAGGUUCGACUUGCGAAAUAGAGUGGAUUUUUUUUUUCUCUUUUCUUGUUAACGGUGUAUACACAUUGAUCCAAAAUAUCCUCUACUUUGAUAUGUAUAUGCAACCCACUUUACGCCGAAGAUCUCAAAACGAGGAAUUUUGGGACCAUGUUGUUUAACUACUGUCGAUCGUGGGUAGAAACAAAUUAAUGAAUUUCACACUAAUUGUGUGCGCGUGUGUUUGCGUGAUGAUUACGGAGCAGCGCGUCAACGUAACUACUUUUUUUUUUUUUUUUUUAAUAGGAACCAAGGAAUUUGCCUGUUUUGAAUAACAGGUUUUUCAACAAUGCUGUGACUUACACAAACACAGUGAUAGUUUGAGUGUAACAAAAUAUAAAUUCGUUGAUAAUGUUAAAGAGAAAAAUAUCGAAACAAUUUAUGGUUACGAGUGAAUGUCGUUUCAAUGCUGUGCGAAUGACGAUAGGCAUCCGAGCGAAACUAAUUGCCGACUCGAUUAUAGUCUUCAAGACGCGCGAUCGAGCUGAAGAAAAAAAAAUAUACACAUCAAUAAAAGAUAAGUCGGGGAAUAUACGUCGCGAGACGUAUGCCAGUGUGCCAAGUGCCAUUAAUAUAACAAACACGUUUUGGAAAAAUGAAAGACGUAGUCGAGAGAGAGAGAGAGAGAGAGAGCGCGAGCGUACACGUAA